AUGGAGGGAGCCGUGACCCCACCCUCCCGGGAGGCGAUGCAGCUCGAGGAGGGGGAUGAGCUGAUCUUGGGGGACUACUACUGGAUGCAAGAUGACUCUGGCAGCGAGGUUUGGAGGCUGGCCGAGGUGCUCGAGCGGGGAGAGGGUGGAAACGUGACUAUAAAGCUGGAGGGCGGGGCGGUGAUGGAGGUGGACCCGGUGAGUGUUCGUAGCUGA